AUGCAUUGGCACCUUAUAUGGGCUACGCUUUUCUGUCUCCUAGAAUGGCAAGCCAAUGCAAUGCUGAACAAAAGCCCGCAAGAAGGUGACCCUCGCGUGGUUCAGCUGUCGCUUCAGCGCCGCAAAAUUCAGGAUCCCGUUGCUUACGACAGACAGCGAAUCGUGAAGCGCGGAGGAACUGUUCAGACAGACCUAAGAAAUCUGAAAACUCUAUAUUUCUUCAAUGCGUCACUCGGCACUCCACCCCAAGACCUGCGGCUCCAUCUCGAUACGGGCAGCAGUGAUCUAUGGGUAAACACGCCAAGUUCAUCAUUAUGCAAAUCAUCGAACCGGAUUUGUAGUGGAUCAGGAACAUAUCAAGCGAACUCAUCUUCGACGUACCGGUAUUUGAACAGCCAGUUCAACAUAUCCUAUGUGGACGGAUCUAGUGCACACGGCGAUUAUGCUACGGAUACAUUUCGUUUCGACGACAUUGGAAUCGACAAUUUUCAGUUUGGAGUUGGAUAUAUGAGCAGCUCCCCACAGGGUAUCUUGGGAAUUGGAUACCCCGAGAAUGAGAUACAAGCCGUUCGCUCCGGACAGCGACCAUACGACAACCUCCCUGCAAGAUUAGUUGCUGACGGGCGCAUUGGCACCAACGCAUACAGCAUUUGGCUUGAUGAUAUCAACUCAACUACAGGAAGCUUACUGUUUGGGGGCAUCGACAAAUCACAGUAUCAAGGUAACCUGGUGACUAUUCCCGUCCAAAAGGUCGGCUCGAGCUAUCGCGAAUUCUUCAUCACCAUGACUGGGCUAGACUCUGGCUCUCAGCCGAUUGCCAACGACAUGGCGCUGGCUGUGUUGCUUGAUACAGGAUCAUCCCUGACAUAUCUUCCCGAUGACUUGGCAGAUGCCGUUUUCCAGGCAGUCAACGCAACGUGGUUGAAACAAUCGCAAAUUGCUGUUAUUCCAUGUGACAAAGGAGUCAGCGAGGAUAGCAUAACCUUUCACUUCAGCAAGCCAGCGUCUAUAUCUGUUCUAUUGAGAGAGCUUGUGCUACCAAUCAUCUCUGCCAAUGGAAAACCUCCCAGACUGCCAGACGGUAGCACCGCCUGUCUCUUCGGCAUAUUUCCGUCUGGCAAUGGAGCAAGAGUUCUUGGGGACACAUUUCUGCGCAGCGCUUAUGUUGUUUACGACAUCGCAAACAACGAAGUGUCUCUAGCUCAGAGCAACUUUGACGCAAAGCCGGCGGGAUCUGAGGUGGUGGAAAUUGGCCCCGGAAAAAACCAACUUCCAGAUGCAACUGCGGCACCCAACCCGGUGUCUGCUAAAUCGGGACUGCCUGUGCCAGGAGGUGCGGCUCUGUCUGCAGCAUUCAUGCGACAACAUAUAGUGCUUACUACGUUUGCGAUGCUUGUUUCUUGCGCCGUUGGUGGGUUCUAG